GAGAAGGCCGCCAAGCGUGCCUCGCAGCGCAACUCGCAGCCCAGGAUCCAGGCCAGCGAUGUCACCUACAACGAGACCAGCCACGUCUCCUACUCGACCAACUGGGCUGGCUCUGUCUACACCAGCACCGGCAUUGACUACGUCACCGGCACCAUUGUCGUCCCCACCCCCUCUGCUGGUGAUGGCAGCGGCCUGAAGGCUGCCCUCGAGGGCUACUGCGCCUCCGCCUGGGUCGGCAUUGACGGUGACACUUGCGACACCGCCAUCCUCCAGACCGGCGUUGACUUCUGCUACGAUGCUGGCGAUGUCAGCUUCGACGCCUGGUAUGAGUGGUACCCUGACUACGCCUACGACUUCGAUAUCACCAUCGAUGCCGGUGACACAGUCACCAUGACCGUCACUGCCACCAGCACCUCCAAGGGAACUGCCGUCAUUGAGAACGUCACCACCGGCAAGUCUGUGACCUACAGCUUCACCAACACCGAGGGCGACCUGUGCGAGUACGACGCCGAGUGGAUCGUUGAGGACUUCGAGGAGGGUCUCAGCCUCGUCCCCUUCGCCGACUUCGACAGCGUCGAGUUCACUGAUGCCUACGCCACCUCUGGCUCCUCCACCAUCGAGGCCGGCUCCGGCUCCAUCAUUGACAUCCGCCAGUCCGGCACCGUCUACACCUCGUGCAGCGCCAGCGGCGAGACCGUCACCUGCGACUACGUC